AUGCUACCAGCUUUAAUGCAAACCGUACAACGUGCGUUCUCCACAAGACCAGGCGUGAAGAUCGAAUCACGCGAGUUCUCCGGAUUCCCAGAUGAAGCCAUAAUCACAGCAGAUAUCAAAGAAGAAAUAAUUCCACACAGCGGCAUCCCAACGCUUGCUCUUAUGAAAAGGCGUGCAAACGUGGAUUUCUCACCUAUAAUCUCUCCAUCCGGGCGUGAGUUAUACGAAUGGUACCUGGCAGCGAAGCAACGCACUAUUGAUGCCAAGUUCGACUUCUUCGUCGACUUCCAUAUCUACAGGCGCUACGCGAUCAGCAUGGAGCUAAUCAUCUACACCAUCAGAGAGCAGGCACGCGUCCUCGAGUUGUGCAAGAACUUGCUUCACGAUGGCAGGGAGCAGGGACAUAUGGAAUACCGCACAAAUGUGCGCUUCAUGGAUCAAAUUGCAGGAAAACUAGACUGCAAUGGCUUUACGUUCAAAAAGUUCACGGAACGCCUGAAGGAUAUGCUGGAACCUAAUGGAGUGCUUUCUCCUGGGAAGUCGGGCAUUUGGAAUGCAGGGGUUUCACUACAGCAGAGUGCAAAGAUUUGA